AUGCUGAGCGUGCUGCGAGUGCAUCUGCCGUCGGACAUCCCGAUCGCGGGGUGCGAGCUGUGCCCGUACGUGCUGCUACGCAAGCCCGAUGGCACCAUCACCACGGAGGACAUUCCCGAAACCAACCCCAUCGAUGGCUACUACAUCCGCUGCCGCUGGUACCGCGUGCAGAGCGACAAGCGAGUCGCCGUGUGUUCAGUGCACGGCAAUGAACCCGCCACUCUCCAGUGCCUGGGGUGCGUGAAGGCGAAGCUGCCCAUCGCGCGCAGCUACCACUGCUCGCCGCUCUGCUUCCAGGCCGCCUGGCCGCGCCACCGCGCGCUGCACUCGCGCGGACUCGGCGGAAGCACCCAUGGCAGCAGCGACGGGACGCUCCCGGGGGAGAUGACCUCGGGGGGGGCUGCUGUGGGGGGCGCGGGGGGGGUUGGCGGGGCGCAGAGGCGGGAGAACGGCGCGACGGCGGAGGAGGAGGAGCUAUUUGGGAAGUUCAACAGCGGGAAUGGGACCACGGGGCUGGCGGGAGCGGGGGGAGCACAGGGGGGCAUGGGGAACGGCGCGCCUGGAGGGGGGUACGGGCAGGGGGAGCAGCAGCAGGGGGGGCAGCAGCAGGGGAUGCAGGGUAUGCAGCGGCCGAUGGGGGGGGGAUUCGCGCACAGGCCGCCAGGGGGGCUCGCGUACCAGUCAGACAACACCGGAGGAGGGGGUUCCAAUCUCAACUCCAGUGGUGGUGGCAGUGGGGAGGUGUGGUUCGAAGUGGGGCGCGGGAAACCCUACACGCCCACCACAGACGACGUAGGCCACGUGCUCAAACUCGAAUGCGUGCCCAUUGAAGCCGCCACUGGCCUCCCCGUGGCGCCCCCCUCCACCCUCCUCACCUCCCGGGUCAUCCCCGCGCCCUCCCCUACCCCCCGGCGGAUGGUCCCUGUGGGGGGCGCGGAGGGGGAGAUGGGGGGAGGCACGCGCGGAGGGGGAGGGGGGGGCUUCACGGUGCUGUCAUACAAUGUGCUGGCGGACCUGUAUGCGACGAGUGAGAUGUACAGCUACUGCCCGCCCUGGGCUCUCUCCUGGGCGUACAGGAAGCAGAACUUGCUGAGGGAGCUGCUGGGGUAUCGGGCGGAUAUCAUGUGCUUGCAGGAGGUGCAGAGCGACCACUUUGAGGAGUUCUUUGGGCCCGAGCUGGAGAAGCAGGGGUACGCGUCCGUGUUCAAAAAGAAGACCGCCGAGGUAUACACGGGCACGGCCUACGCCAUAGACGGCUGUGCCACCUUCUUUCGCCGCGACCGCUUCUCCCUCGUCAAGAAGUAUGAGGUGGAGUUCAACAAGGCAGCGCUAUCGCUCUCUGAGGCCCUCGCACCUCCCACCAAGAAGGCUGCUCUCAACCGCUUGCUCAAGGACAAUGUAGCGCUGAUAGUGGUGCUAGAGGCGAGGGAUGCAGGGGGGGCGGAUGGCAAGGACGGGGCUAAUGCGCCUCCUGCCAAGAGGCAGCUGCUCUGUGUGGCCAACACGCACAUCCAUGCCAACCCUGAGCUCAAAGACGUGAAGCUGUGGCAGGUGCACACACUGCUCAAGGGCCUGGAGAAGAUCGCAGCCAGUGCCGAUAUCCCCAUGCUCGUGGCGGGGGACUUCAACAGCGUGCCUGGCAGCGCGCCCCACUCACUGCUCGCUACAGGACGAGUCGAUGUCAACCACCCAGAGCUCGCCACAGACCCUCUCGGCAUCCUGCGACCCGCUUCUAAGCUUUGCCACCAGCUGCCGCUGGUCAGUGCAUACGCAUCGUUGAGCCGUGGUGGCUCGGUGGCGGAGAGGCAGCGGCGGCGCAUGGACGCGAGCAGCAGCGAGCCUCUGUUCACGAACGUGACUCGGGAUUUCAUGGGCACGCUGGACUACACCUUCUAUACCGCCGACUCCCUGUCUGUCGAGUCUGUUCUCGAGCUACUAGACGAGGACAGUGUGCGCAAGGACACGGCACUGCCGUCCCCCGAGUGGUCGUCCGACCACCUGGCGCUGCUCACUGAGUUCAGAUACAAGCCCCGCAUGCGCCGCCAGUUCACAGGCGAAGGACCGACCGUGGAGGUCCGCGUGCCCAGCCCCUUUCCCCCCACAUUCUCCCCAUUCACGGACGAAGGACCCUCUGUGGAGGUCCGCGUGCCCAUCCCUGCUGCUCUCCGGCCAAUCCAGGCGCGCCACGUGGCGGUGAACGUGCAGGAGGGCGCGCUGUCGGUGGCUGUGACGCCGCCAGCUGGCUUCGGGAGCAAGGAGGGCACUGUGAAGGGCAAGGAGGGGCGGGAGCGAUCGCUGCUGGUGGCGAGUCCGCUGUAUGGGCGAGUGAAGGCCACUGAUAGUGCAUGGUACAUUGACGACACAGAUAUCGUAAUCACACUCUCUAAACAACCACAACCCUCCUCCUCUGCACCUUCCGAGCCUGUCUUCCAGGCCUGGCCGACCCUGAUCAAGGGCUGGGAGGCACUGGCAGGGGCGGUGGCCAAUCAGCUGAAGAGCUGUUCCGUGCUGCUGGUGGGCGGCAGCACUCGUCUCAAUGCAGCCGUUGCUGCAGAGCUGGCCACGGGGCUUGGCAAUCUCCGCGUGGUGGUGGCCACCAUGGGGCAGCCCCACGGGGCAUCGCUGCAGGCGGACCGCUUACCUUUUGUGCUGCACUGCACUACACCUAACCCCACCAACCUCCGCGUGGUGGUGGCCACCAUGGGGCAGCCCCACGGGGCGUCACUGCGGCCCGACAGCUGGCGGUUCAUCCACGGCGGGAUAGCUCUGUGGCUGGACGUGAAAGGAGACUCUGACAGCCCCCCAGACCCUCAUUUCGCGGACAGAGCUGACGUGGCGAUCAGACUGCACCUGCCAGCUGGCUGGAGCACGGACGACACAGUCAGCCCUGACGUGGCGCGGGCGGCCGCAGAGGGAGCGCUGACAGCUGUCAAAGCGGCAUUGGAUGCGGAUCCCCAACUACCAGGGAAGAAGAGCCUAUAUGUGAGAAUGGGGUGCAGGGGAGACUGGCCUGACCUCAUGCCACCAAGCUGGGACCCCAACGCCCAACCAGGCGAAGCAGAAGUUGCAGCCACAGGGGAGGGAAGUGCUUAG